AUGAAAUCCUGGUUUCGACGCUCUUCAAUCUCUUGGUUCCCUGGAAAAACCAAGUCAUGGAAUCUCACAGAAUUAACAGAUCAUUGCAAUGAUUAUUAUGUAUGCAUGGAAAACACGAAAUGCUACAAGGACUACGUUUUAUUCGAGACAUUUGAUCGAUGUUCCCAUGACGCUUUUUCUAUUGGUCCCAUGAGUUUUUGCAAUAAAAAAUUGAAAGAUUUCCACAAAAAUUCGCCAGGAAUUCUGCCUUCAUGUGUUGUCGAUUUUCUGGAGAAGGCUCCUCCCAAGAAAUGGACCUGUGAAAAUACAAAGUCCUUAGGAGACUGUUUAUUGCCACAAGUUCAGAAACAUUGUGAUCCUGGAUUAUUACCAAUUUUCAAUGAGCAUCAAGCCGCUCGUCAGUACUAUCUCGGUUGUGAUGGCAAAUUGAAAUUCAAGGAUAUCGAAAAUGUCAUCGCGAAUUCUACUACUAAUUCGACUGAAAUUGAGAUUUUAUAA